AUGAUCAAGGUGAUGGGAGCGUGUUGGGGCGGCGGCUCACUCAUCACCGAUGAUAGGGCGCUGUUUUGGAGGAUGUACCGUGGUGCUUGCGGACUGAAGCGCGACUGUGGUGCCACUUUGUGUGGCGUUGUGUACGCGCGCCCUUAUCCGAAUGUACCGAGCGCUACAGCGCCCUGUCACUUGCCGCCCGCACUCGCCCGUGUCCCGUCUUCUCGGGACCCUCCUAGCCAUGGCACCGAAGUCCAAAGCCCGCCGCUCCACGCACCACUGCUAGGCUUAAUGUGGUGUGGCUCAUUGUUUCUGUUGCAUUCUGUUGUUCAUCGGAAGCUGUUCGUUGGAAUGCUCAGCAAACAACAGACUGAGGAGGAUGUCCGUCAACUGUUCACGCCGUUCGGCACAAUAGAGGAGUGUUCCAUAUUACGAGGCCCCGACGGUGCGAGUAAAGGUCAGUAA